AUGUCCUUUCUAACUGCGAAGCUCGAUCAGGGCACGCAAGUAUGGGUGCCCAGCGGCGAGCGCGGGAGCACCGACUGGGUGUUUGCCGAGGUGGUGGACGACGUCGAGGAGGGCGCCAAGGAGGCCCUGGUGGCCCUCGAGGACGACACCGGCCGCGUCAUCACCGCCCAGGACCCCGACACCGGCGAGUAUAAACCCAAAACGGCCAAGUACGCGAGGGACGCGGUCUACAUCCGCAACCCAGACAUUCAAGACGGAGUGGACGACCUCACUGCGCUCUCCUACAUGCACGACCCCGCCAUCCUCCACGCGCUGUACUUGCGCUAUCGGGUGGACAUGAUCUAUUCGUACUCGGGGCCGAUUCUGAUCGCCGUCAACCCCUACAAGGAGAUCACCGGCCUCUACACCAAGCGCAUGAUGGACGCCUACGUGGGCCACCACUUGGGCAAGCUGUCGCCGCACGUGUUCGCCAUCGCCGAGGAGGCCUUCCGCCACAUGUCCAUCGACGGUACCAACCAGUCGAUCCUCGUCUCCGGCGAAUCGGGCGCCGGCAAGACCGAAACGACCAAGUACAUCCUCCGCUACCUGGCCGCCAUGGCCUCCGGCGCGUCGGGCGGCUCGUCGAGCAAGGAGGGCCAGCGCAGCAGCCUCCUCGCCCAGAAGGUCCUCGAGUCCACUCCCCUGCUCGAGGCGUUUGGUAAUGCGCGCACGCGGUUCAACAACAACUCGAGCCGGUUCGGUAAGUUCAUCGAGAUCUGGUUCGGCAAGUAUGGGAACAGCAUCACGGGGUCGGCCCUGCGCACCUACCUGCUCGAGAAGUCCCGCAUCGUGAAGCCCGCCCUGGGCGAGCGCAACUUCCACAUCUUCUACCAGCUCCUCGACGGCCUCCACCCCGAAAUCAAACAACGAUUGAUGCUGAGGGAGGCGGGCGACUACUACUACCUGGCCCAGUCGGAGUGCCUCCACAUCGAGGGCGUGAGCGACGCGGCCCACCUCCAGCAGACGGUCAACGCCAUGAACAUCAUGGGCCUCACGCCCGACGAGCAGAUGGACAUGUUUGCCGUCAUCGCCGCCGUGCUGCACCUGGGCAACGUGCGCUUCUACGAGGGCCGCGGCGAGGCUGCCCAGCUCGAGCCCGAGGAGUCCGACGCCGACGAGGCCUGGGGCAAGGAGAAGCGGGGACAAGAACUCGCGCAUAGCCCGAAUGCUUCGCUCAACCGCGCGUGUUGGCUGCUGGGCUGCGAGCCCGGGGAGGUCGCCAAGUCGUUCCUUCAACGGCAAAUCACGGUGGCCGGUGGUGAGCAGCUGAUCACGCCGCUCAACAAGGAGAAGGCCGAGAACAGUCGCGACUCCCUCGCCAUGCUCCUCUACAGCAAACUGCUGGUGUCGAAGAUCAACGAUUCGCUGCGCGAGGAGGCCCAGGCUCAGGCGCAGCCGCAGCAGCCGGCCAUCGCCCCUGCGCAGGCCGCCGCCUCGCACGGCGCGUCGUCGUUCUUCAAGAACGUGGCGAGCGCCGUCACCUCGUCGUUCGUCGCUCCGCCUGCCACGGGCGGCGGCGCACCGUCAUCGUUCCUGGCGUCGGCGGGCUCGGGCUCGGCAUCGCUUGCGACGGGCUCGGGCUCGUCGGCCGGCGCGCGACCGCCGAACCCGCAAGCGCACGCCUUCAUCGGCAUUCUGGACAUCUACGGCUUCGAGUGCUUCGACGUCAACGGCUUCCCCCAGUUCUGCAUCAACUACGCCAACGAGCGUCUGCAGCAGCACUUCAACACUCACAUCUUCAAGCACGAGCAGCAGGAGUACAUCAAGGAGAAGAUCGACUGGUCGUGGGUGACCUUCCAAGACAACCAGGGCUGCAUCGACCUGCUCGAGAACAAGCCCCUCUGCAUCCUCGCCCUCCUCGACGAGGAGUGCCGCUUCCCCAACGGCUCGGACGAGAGCUUCGCCGCCAAGGUGCGGAAGACGCACGACAAGGACGAAUUCUUCGCCCUGCCCCGCUUCAGCACCAGCGCCUUCUCCAUCAAGCACUACGCCGGCAUGGUCGACUACGAAGCGCGGACGGGCUUCCUGGACAAGAACAAGGACUUCUCGGUGCCGGCCCACCCGGUGCUGCUGCAAAAGGCGGCCAACCGGUUCAUCAAAUACCUCUUCUCCGCCGCCAACAAGAGCUCGUCGGGCGCGGCGGCCGCCGGCAGUAGUGGCGGUGGUGGCGACAGCAGGCGAGGCAGCUCCAUCAGCGGCCGACCGGGUGCGGGUGGCGGCGGCGGCGGAGCGUCGUCGUUCCAGUUCAUGGGCGUCGCCACCCAGUUCAAGACCUCCCUCAAGCACCUCAUGGAGACCAUCGGAGCGACACAGCCGCAUUUCGUGAGGUGCAUCAAGCCCAACUACGAGCAGAUGCCCAACCUGUUCGACAAGCCGAGAGUGCUGCACCAGCUGCGGUGCGGAGGCGUGAUGGAGGCCGUGCGCAUCGCCUCGGCCGGCUAUCCCUCCCGCACCCCCUACAAGAACUUCUACGCCAGGUACCAGAUAUUGAAGAAGCACGAGCAGGGCGAGGACUCGAGGUCGUCGUGCCACUCUCUGUUCCAGGCCCUCGGCAUCCAAAAGAUCGAAGGCCAGUUCGGCGAGACCAAGAUCUUCCUCAAGGCCGGCAUGGCACAUCGCGCAUUUGGAGAAGCUGCGCUGAACUGGGCGGCGGCGGUGUUCCAGAAGAACUGGAAGCGCAUCAUCGCCGAGCGGCGCUUCCGCGCCAUGCGCACUGCCGCGGUCAAGAUCCAGACCCGCGUGCGUCAGUUCCUGGCCAAGAAGGAGCUCCUCAGGCGCAAGCGUCUGCGUGCCGCUCUGCUCGCCCAAAAGCGGGUCAGAAGAGAGUACAGGAAGACGCGCGCCGCUGCUCUUACCUUCCAACGCGUGUUCCGCGGGGUGAUGACGGAGAAGGUGCUGCAGGAGAAGAAGCAGGCGGCGGCUUUGGUCAUCCAGGCCCGGUGCCGCGCCUACCUGGCCGCCAAGCGCCGGGCCGAGGCCGAGCGCCAGCGUCGCGAGGAGGAGGAGCGCCGGCGCCGCGAAGAAGAGGAGCGCCUGCGUCGCGAGGAGGAAGAGCGCCAGCGCGCCGAGGAGGCCGAGCGCCUGCGUCGCGAAGAGGAGGAGCGCCUGCGGCUCGAAGAAGAGGAGCGCCAGCGCCGCGCGGAGGAGGAGCGCCGGAAGAAGGAGAAGCGGAAGAAGAAGCGCGAGGAGCUCGAGCGCAAGCUGAAGGAGGAGGAGGACCGGCGGCGCGCUGAGGCCGAGAAGCUGCGCGAGGAGAUGGAGCGCGUGGUGCGCGAGGAGGAGGCCAAGCGGCGCGAGGAAGAGGAGGAGCGGCGCCGGCGCGAGGCGGAGGAGGCCGAGCGGCGUGAGACGCGCAAGCGGCAGAAGGCGGCCGAGCGCGAGGAGGCCGAGCGGCAGGCCAAGGCCGAGGAAGAGGAGCGCCGGCGGGCCGAAGAGGCGGAGCGCGCGCGGCAGGCCGAGGAGGCGGCGCGGCUCAAGGAGGCCAAGCGGGCACGCAAGGCCGAGGAGGAGGAGCGCCGGCGGGCCGAGGAGGAGGAGGAGCGCGAGCGGCAGGCGGCCAAGAAGCAGAAGCGGCGCGAGCGCAAGGCGCUGGAGCGGGCCGAGCGCGAGCGCCUGGCGGCCGAGAUCCAGACCAUGCGCGAGCUGGAGCGCGAGCGGGUGGCGCGGGAAGACGAGGCCCAGAAGCAGGAGGUGGAGAAGGACGAGGAGAAGCGGCGGCGGCGCGAGGAGAAGCGGCUGCGGGAGGAGCGCGAGCAGGAGCUGCUGCGGCUCGAGCGCGAGCGGGCCGAGACGGAGCGCCGGCGGCUCGAGGAGGAGCUCAAGGAGCUCAAGCGCAAGGAGAAAGAACGAAUCGAGCGCGAGAAAGAGCGAAAGCGACAGGAGAGCGAACGCGACGAGGAGAAGCGCCGUCGGAAGGAGGAGGAGCGGCUGCGCAAGGAGAAGGACAAGGAGGAGAAGCGCAAGCGGCUCGAGAAGGAGGAGGCCGAGAAGAAGCGCAUUCAGGACGAGCUCAAGGAGAUGAAGCGCCGCGACAAGGAGCGCCGGCGGCUCGAGGAGGAGCGCAGCAAGAUCCAGGGCACCAAGGAGGAGGAGGAGCGCCGCCGACGCGACGACGAGCGCCGCAUGGAGCUCGAGCACCAGCUCGCCGAACGCACCGACGAGUUGCAAACGCUGGUGGCGCACAACGAGGAAGUGAUGGAGGAGCUGGGCGUGCUGCGCGAGGAGCUGGCCGAGGAGGAGAAGAAGAACGAAGAGCUGCGUGACGAGAAGGUGCGGCUGCGCCAGGAGCGGGCCGAGGCCGAAGCCGAGUGGCAGCGCCGCUGGGCCGAGGCCGACGCCCAGCACCAGGCCGAGCGCGCGGAGCUCGAGGCCGCGCUGGCCCAGCACCGGGCCGAGCUCGACGACCUACGCGCGGCGCUGGCCCGCGAGCAGGCCGAGCGCGAGCGCGACGCGGCGGCGCACGAGGCCGACCGCCGCGCGUGGGCCGAGGCCAGCGAGGGCUUCGAGGCCUUCAAGCACGGCAUGGAGGAGCAGCUGUCGGGCCUGCGCGACGACCUCGAACAUGCACAGCGCGCGCACGAAAGCGAGAUCGAGCAGAAAACGCGCGCGUUCGAGGACCAGCUCGCGGCGGUCGACCAGAAGAGGCGGAAGAGGAAGCAGCGGGCCAAGGAGGCCGAGGAGGCGCUCGAGGCCCGCGUCAAGCAGCUCGAGGCCGAGCUCGCGGCCAGCAAGGAGGAAAACGAAGAGCUCUCCAAGGACCUCGAAAACAUCGAAGAAGAAGAGGAGCGUCGCCUGAAGGGGACGAUCCAGGGUCGCGAGGCGGUCACGGGCGAGGAGGUCGAGGCGGAGAUGCUGGCCACCGUCAUGAUGGGCAGCGCCGAAGAGGGCCGCAAGCGUCUCAUCGGCCUCGUCUUCGCCGAAGAAAAGGGUUUCGUGAUGGGCGUGCCUGCGCCGGGCCUGGUGGUGUUCCGCUACCUCCGCACCUGGGGCGAACUCUCCCUGUCCUUCCUCUCCGCCCGGCAAGAGAGUGUGCUCAUGCCCUACACGAUCUCGGUGAUCCGCGCUCUCACCCAGAGCUACUUCCAGGACAACCAAGAGCUGGCGUUCCUGCUGUCCAACGUGUGCGUCAUGCUGCACCUCAUCCGCAAGGAGCUCCAGGGCAUCUCCACCCCCUCUAAGCGCCUCAAGCGCGCGGAGACGCGACGUUCGCUGCGGCGCGGUCCGGGCGGAGCCUCCUCCCUGCUGGCCAUGAUGGCCUCCUACAACUCUGAAGAGCAGCGCAACCUGCUCGACAUCGGACGGAUCGACCUGGCGGGCAACAAUCUGAGCAUGCUCAUGCAGCGCGAGGAGGAGAACGACGCCCAACUCAGCGCCAGCGGCGGCAGCGGCGACCCCACCAACGGAUCCGCGCCGGCCAUCGUCUCGCCUGUGCUCUGGUUCGAGAAGCAGAUGAAGGACCUCCUCAAGUUGAUCUACACGCAGCUGGCGUUCAACAUCCGCACGCGUCUGCGCAACGUGGUGGAGAAGGCCAUUCUCGACAAGCGCAACCUCUCCUCGGGCUCGUCCGGCAUCGGCGGCACCAACAGCCCCGGACCCCACCGCAAGAAGAUUGGGGUGGUCGCAGCCGAGCGCACGGUGGCGCUGGAGACAGUGAUCGGCAUCAUGGACGAAUUCCUCACCCUCUUCCAAUCCAACUUUGUCCACUUGGAGGCACGUCUCUUCGUGUCGAAGCAGUUCUUCCAGCAGUCGUUCCGAUUCAUCGACAGCGUGCUGUUCAACGUGCUGCUGCUCCGCAAGGAUCUGUGCACGUCGCGCCGCGCCUCCGAGAUCCACUCCAACAUCAGCCGCCUCGAGGGCUGGCUCGCCGAAACGGCCGGCGACGAGUGGGUGGGACCCCUCAACAACCACCUCCACUACAUGCGCCAGGGUUUGGGCCUGCUGCUGAUGGACGACGCCAAGCGAAGGCGUGUGUGCGGCGACGCCGAAUUCCGCCACAAGAUGUGUCCCGACCUCAACGUCUUCCAAAUCCGUCAGCUCCUCUCCAUGUACACGCCCGAGCCGGGUCACGAGAAGGUGCCGCUGCAGCUGCUGGGCGAGCUGCUGGCGUCGGGCAAGGACGAGUACCAGGGCAAGGAGGGCGAGAGCGGCGAGCCGCAGGACCUGAUCAUCGACACCUCCUACCUGCCGCCCCUCCGCAUCAAGGACCUCCACUACAUCGAACUCAGCGACGUCGCCUCCUUCCCCUUCCCCUCCUCCAUCAAGGAGAACCUCCAAGAGGCAAACGAGGAGAUGAAGCGGGUGAAGCAGGCCGAGUCGCGGGAGGCGGGCAUGCCGAACGCGCUAGCCAGCGCCAAGUCGCAGUCGCGGUCCAAGUCGAGCCGCACCCUGCCCCACAACCCGCCCGCGGGCGGCACCAACCGCCUCGAGCAGCAGCGCAGCGAGCGACUCCUCACCGGCGCCGGCAGCCGCGUCUCGCCCAACGGCAGGGAGCGCACCGACUCAGACUCGUCGCCGUCGUCGGGUUCGGCCAUCGGCGGCGGUGCCACGCGCGUGUCGCCUCGCGAGGGCAGCGGCGGCGGUGGUGUUGGUAUUCUGCCGCCGGCGGCGGACUACGGCGAACAGCGGUCGGCCCAGCAGCUGGCCUGGUGGCGUGGCACCGCGCCGCCGCGCGAACGUAGCGCCAGCGCCGCGCCCAAGCCCAAGCGCAGCGGCGGUGCCGAACCGCCCCCGAGGCGUGGCUAG